AUGAGCGAGAUCAAGGCAGCGGCGUCGGCGUAUCACCUGUACAUGAAAGAGAAGCAUGCAGAAGUCAAAGCUAGCCUAGAGGCGAAGGGCCAGACGGCCGACUUCGGUGACGUCAUGAGGGAACUCAGCUCGAGAUGGAAGGAGCUGGGCUCCGACGAUGCGGACCGCGUCAAGUUCGAAACGCUCGCGGCCGAAGACAGGGCCCGCUUCGAGAGGGAGAGCGCCGCCAAGGACCUGGAGGUCGCCGAGGCCCAGAGGGCCAAGCGCGCGGAGAGGGAGUCGCUUACGACGGAGAGCCGGAUGAGGGGAAGGCCGAAGAGCGAGCAGCCGAAGCCGAAGGCCAAGGCCAUGGGCCCCCCGCGGCAGCUGUCCGAGGAGGAGAAGGCCCGCCGCCAGGAGAGACAAGACUUGAAGAACAAGGAGAAGGCGGAGAGGAACGCUCGGACGCAGAUAGCGGAGGCGCAGCAUACCUCAAUCAAGGACGAGAUUGCCAAGCAGGCGUCGGCCAGGCUGCAGUUCCUGCUCAAGCAGAGCGACAUAUUCCAGCACUUUGGUGUCGGCAAGCAGGCUACGCAAGCAGGGGAGGCGAAGCAGGAAAAGGGGGCCGCCUCCGCGGAGGCUAAGGCGGGGGAGGUCACGAGCCCCGGCAAGCGGAGGCGGGAGGCGGGGAAAGGCGGCGGGGCGGCGGCGGCGGCGGCCGCUGCGGAGGAGGAAGAGGAGGAAGAGGAGGCUCCGGAGACCACUUUCUUGACCAAGCAGCCGGACUGCAUCAAGUUCGGCAAGAUGAGGCACUACCAGCUGGAAGGCCUAAACUGGAUGAUUCGCCUCAACGACAACGGCAUUAACGGUAUCCUCGCGGACGAGAUGGGUCUGGGCAAGACCCUGCAGAGCAUCAGCGUUCUGGCCUACAUGCACGAGUACAAGGGCAUCAGCGGCCCGCACAUCAUCCUCGUGCCCAAGAGCACGCUGUCCAACUGGCUCAACGAGCUCAAGCGCUGGUGCCCCGCGCUCCGCCCCCUCCGGUUCCACGGCACGCGGGAGGAACGCGCGAGCCUUAUCGAGGAGAGGCUGCGGGUGGGCCAUAACGAUCGCGACUGGGAUGUGGGGGGGGCCAACCUGGAAAAGCGGUCGCUGCAGAACAUCGCCUGGCGCUAUCUCAUCAUCGACGAGGCGCACAGGCUGAAGAACGAGGCGUCGAUGUUCAGCCAGACCGUGCGCAGCUUCAACAUGCAGCACCGCCUGCUUCUCACCGGAACCCCUCUGCAGAACAACCUUCAUGAGCUGUGGGCGUUGCUGAACUUCCUUCUCCCCGACGUUUUCAGCUCUUCCGAGCAGUUCGACCAGUGGUUCAAUCUGGAGAUCGACGACAAGGAGGCGAAGGAGAAUAUCAUCCACCAGCUGCACAAGAUCCUUCGGCCCUUCAUGCUCCGGAGGCUGAAGGCGGACGUCGAGAAGAGCCUGCCCCCGAAGACGGAGACCAUCCUUUACGUAGGGCUGUCCUCCAAGCAGAAGGAAGUCUACAGAAACGUCCUCCUGCGAGACAUCGACAUGGUGAACGGAACUGGGGGAGGCGGCAACGCGGGGCGCACGGUGAUUCUGAACAUCGUCAUGCAGCUGCGAAAGUGCUGCAACCAUCCCUACCUGUUCGCGGGGGUGGAGGACCGGAAGCUCGAUCCCCUUGGGGACCACCUCAUCAUCAACUGCGGCAAGAUGGUGCUGCUGGACAAGCUUCUCAAGAAGCUUUUCGACAAGGGGCACCGUGUCCUCAUCUUCACACAGAUGACCAAGAUGCUGGACAUCUUCGAGGACUUUUGCGUGAUGCGGCGCUACGAGUAUUGCCGGAUCGACGGCAACACCUCCUAUGAGAGCAGAGAGGACUGCAUCGACGCCUAUAACAAGCCGGACUCGACCAAGUUCGUGUUCAUGUUGUCCACGAGGGCGGGAGGACUGGGCAUCAACCUACAGACCGCCGACACUGUCAUCCUGUACGACUCAGACUGGAACCCGCAGGCGGACUUGCAAGCGAUGGACCGGGCGCACCGCAUCGGGCAGAAACGGCCGGUCAGCGUGUACCGCCUCGUCACAGAGAACACGGUCGAGGAAAAGGUGGUAGAGCGUGCCCAGCAGAAGCUUAAGCUGGACGCGAUGAUCGUGCAGCAGGGGAGGCUCACGGACAACGCGAAGAAGCUCGGCAAGGAGCAGCUGUUGGACGCUCUGAGGUUCGGUGCCGAUAAGGUGUUUCGCAGUAAGGACACAUCCAUCACCGACGCCGACAUCGACGCCAUUAUGGCCCACGGAAAGGAGAAGACAAAGGCCUUGAUGGAGUCCAAGCUGCAGGUGUCGGACAAGGGAGAUCUGCUAGACUUCAGUCUCGACGGCGGCAUCGCCACGCAAGUGUACGAGGGGGUGGACUACAGCAACAAGGCCAACCGUGCGGACGCGGGCGGGGGGGCGGUGCCGUUCCAGUUCAUCGACACCGGCAAGAGGGAGAGGAAGAAGAUCGCGUCUUACAAAGAGGACACCUUCUAUCGCCAGCAGCAGGCGGCGGCCAUCAAGAGGAGGACCAUGAUGCCGAAGCACCUGAGGCUGCCGCGGAUGGACGAGUGUCAGUUCUAUGACAAGAAGCGCCUGGAGCAGCUGCACCGCAAAGAGGAACAGCUGUUCGUGGAGGCUAAGGAGAAAGGCGACCUUCCCAACGACCUCACCAACUACGAGGUUUUGCCGGAGCCCCUGCUCUCGGAGAAGGUCCGGCUGCUGUCGGAAGGGUUCGCGGACUGGUCGAAGGCUCAGUACAUGAUCUUCGUCAGGGCCAGCGCCAAGCACGGGAGGGGGGCGUACGACCGCAUCGCCGCUGAGGUCGGCAAGGCUGAGAAGGACGUGGAGCGGUACGCGAAGGCGUUCUGGGAGAAGGGGUCGACGGCAUUCGCCCCCGCCGACUGGGAGAGGCACGUCAAGAACGUCGAGAAGGGAGAGCGCAAGAUCGAAGAGAUCAACAGACUGAUGGGGGCUACGAGGAGCUUCAUCUCGAAAUUCGCGAACCCGUGGGAGCAGCUCACCUUCCAGUACACCGGCACCCAGGGGAAAGUGUUCAACGCCCACGAAGACAGGUACCUGUUGUGCCUGGCCCACAAGUACGGGUACGGCAACUGGGACCUUGUCAAGGCGGCCAUCAGACGGAGCGACAGGUUCCGUUUUGACUAUUUCCUGAGGAGCUGCUCGGCAGACGCGCUGGGCAAGCGUUGCGAGGCCCUCAUGAAGGCUGCGGAGAAGGAGGAUGCCGAAUGGCACAAGAGGCAGGGGACGGAGCGGGGGGCCGGUCCCGGCGGGUCUGAGCGUCUGGGGGAGGAGGAGAGGCGAAGGGUCGCGGAGAGGGAAAGGCACAACAGCUACAAGGACUUCCAGGGCAAGGUCGAAAAGGAGACGGGAAAGCUGACAGAGCUGCACUUGGACAAGUCUCGGCUACGUGAAUCCCUCCUUGCCGAUGGGGGCGCCAGCGCCGGCUCCGGCCCCGCGGGGGGCGCGGACUCGGCUACCGGCGGCGGUGGCAAGGAAAAGACCGGGGCGGGCGUUAGCUCGGCGGUGGACAACGUCGACCGGCAGCUGGCCUACCUCGUUGCCCAAAACCAGGCCGGGGGCAGCUCGAGCUCCAGGGCGCAGGGGCAGGCAAAGCCGGUUCCGGACCGCCUGGUGGGGGAGCUGGCCCGGUUCGCGUGCCGGUCGGGGAGCAAGGGGGUCGACAAGAUCGUGACCGAUUUCACCGCGAUACACCCGGAGGCGUCCAAGCGGCAGGUCGAGAAGAAGAUUCAGGCGAGUGACGUUCCGGUCGACCCCCAAGACUUGGAGGAGCGGCGUGGAAGUGUACAGGAGGUAGCGUACAAAGAGAAGAGGGCGGGUGACGUGAGAGACUCGUGGUACAUCCGAGAGGGCUUCGAGAGCCUUCUCGAGGAAGGGCUGACGGAUGCAGAGAAGAAGGACGACAAGGACACCAACGCGAAGCAGCCAACCAAGAGCGAGGCAAGCGGCAAAGAAGCCGACUCAAGCAGCAAGGUGGGGAGUUCGACGUCUUCAAAGAAGCGGAGGCCGCACGGGGACGGGGAACGGCCAACGGUUACAGUACGAUCCCCGUUUUACCUGUUCAAGCACGCGGAGCGCGAAACGGCUGUGCAGGCGUUGCGAGACAGGGGCGUGUCGGACCCCAGCUCGGACGAGAUCAAGGAUAAGAUCAAGAUGAUGUGGCGAGAGCUGAGCCGCGACGCACAGGAGGAAUAUUUCCAGAAAGCAGAGAAGACGGGUUGGGUCGAAGAUCAGGAUUCCGGAAAGGGGGGAGGCAGCAGCAGCGGCGGCAAGCGUAAGGCUAGCUUCAGCGGCGACGUGACUUCCACCGGAUCAUCCGCUCCAGGGUCUCCCACUUCCGCUUUUACCAUCCCCAAGCGCAAGAAGGUGGAACCAUCCGCGUAAUAUAACUCUUCUUGAUGAAACGGCGCUCGGCGCUGGUUUAACCGGCGGCGUUCUUUGGUUGUGCUGGGAGGAGGCUUCGGCGGUGGUGGCUUUGUUUGCACAAACAGCGGGUUUAUGGCGCUUGGUGACGGCGGUAGUUGCGAGUGGGGGGGCGUUGAGGAAAAGAGUCUAAUCCGGCGACCAUGAAGUGUGAAGGUCAAAGUUUGGUGUGGAAACGUUUGUCAUUUAGGGUAAGAUGUUAUCCUGCUGCGACGCGUGACUGUGGAAACAGGUGGCGUUGCUGCUCCAUCACGACUGGUACAGAAGCGUAUGGUGUGAAGCGUGUUUGUAUUUGGUUGGCACGGACCGCGUUAUUGUUAACCGCCUGAUUGUGCGUGUGUGUUGUCGUGCUGCUGGUAGAAGUAAGGAGAUAGAUUGGUGCAUAAAUUUAGCAGGUACACCUGGCGGACCAAACGCCGACAACAGAAGUAAAUUAACGCUGGGACGUUCGUUCAGCAUUCCCGCAACAAUUCAAGGGCGGGAACGAGCCUGAGCGCGUUUGUUCGCUUGUCGUCACCGCCCCGGCACAUGCCGCGUGCCGGCCGUGCUCCUCCCUGUGACACUUCUAAUCUGUUGAUCGCGUGCUAUGCGGAGGCAUCAUGCGAUAGGUUUGGUAAUAUGAUAGGUGCAGAGCCGUACGGGAAGACUGGUGGAAUUGACGUUUCGGAUUUGGUGAAGGGGCUUUUGCUUCGUACGCCUGCAGUGAUGAAGCACAACAUGGCCAAAGGCUCGUGGGGACAGCCGAACUCAGUCUUAAAAGCUUUUGAGGAACACAACGUACGUUCGCUUCAUCUUCGUGGGCGGACUGACCCCAUGGUGUGGCAAAGAGUAGGAAUACACGAGGGACCAAGCAAACGUACAUGAAGGCGUGGUUGUGGGACAAGUAUGGCACUCCGCUGCCAGGGGGUCCGUGCAUCUACUCGGAUAAAAGUGACAGAAAGGCCUAAAAGUAUUUUU